AUGAGGUCCAUUGAUUCUCUCUUCAACGACUCGCACUGGGAGGUGCGCAUCCCCAACGCUCGCAUCGACAACCUCAGCGAGGACUACAAGGCCGUCAUCCAGGCAAAGCCACGAACACACGUCUUCUAUGGCACGUUCUUUUGCUGUCUUCUGUUACUUUGCACGCCGUCGCCUUCGUCAGACGAUGAGUUCAGUCGGCCCCACGAUGAGACGGUGUUGUUCUUCCUGCAGAUCUCCCUUCCGGAUGACCUCUCAACUCAGCACGAGGAGACUGCAAAACAAGUGGAAGACUUCUUCAAGACCCUGGAAAUCCAGGUCGAGGCUGCCUUUGUCGACUCUCUUUCCCUUGUGGCCUCCGCUCCCACAGUCCAGAACACAAUGUACAAGAGUCCCAAUGGUUCGCGCCCAGGCAGUGCCGUCGACAAGCGCACGUCAGCAGGAGGAUCGCCUGGACCUUUUGCUGGACGCAAUUUAGGAUAUGACCAAGGACGCACGGACUCGACCAUUCUUUCCUCCUACACCUACAACGCGGCUGAGCCUGGCAAGGAGCCCGAGAUUAGACCCAUCAACGGCCUCUGGACUGCAAUUUUCCCCUUCUCCGUCCCAGUCUCCUUUGUCAGGACCAAGAGCGCAAACACAAUGCUGAUGCUGAGCACACACGUUAUUCUCCGACCAACGGAUCAGGUCGUGCCCGCUGCAGUGCCCAUGGACGAUCAGUACAAUCUGGAAUGCUUCAGUAUGGUCAACCUGUUGGAGGGCUUAUCAGAUGAUCCCAACUUUGUUUCGGCGGUCGUUCCACAGCAUCAUUACCGACCUGAUACACCACGCGCCAGAGUUCAACCUCCACCCAUGGCACCAGUUUUGAGAAGGAGUGUGAGACGAACGAUCGCUGUUCGUUCAGCAUUGAACGUGCGGAUGCGGACAACGCGUGUGUCGCCCAUGGAGAACCCGUUGAUGAUGUCAAUUGAAGUCGAAAACAACUCGGAGCACGGAGCAAAGUUCAAGAUGACCCAGCUGGAAGUUGAUGUUACCAACGCAGUCGUGACGCCUCUUGAUUCUGCAGAGCUCACCAAACUUCCUAUGGUGUUACACUCUUCAGAUCAUGUCACAUUCCUAUUCUCAAUCUCACUGCUUGACAACCCAGAGUGGAAUGCCGACAAUCAACCUAACGGAAACGACCCCUACGGUUCGCGUCAUCGGAACUCUAGCGAUGGUUUGACACAGGUAGGAUCGCCCCGAGAUGCUCAGCGCCAGGUGACUAUUAUCCUUCAGGGUACUCCCGAGGUGGAUGGUGUUCAAGGACAAAUCAUCCAUUCGCGCUGGAACUGCUUUUUGGAUGUCUCAGACAUGACCAAGCGGGAUAAUCCACUGGGCGCUUAUGGAGGACAGAAGCAACUCUACGCACCCCAGCCUUCACAUCCGUCAACGUUGCUCCCUCCACACCCAGGCCCUAAUGGACAAAACCAACAUCACCAGCUGCAUCACAGGAAUCGGUCUCUUUCAUCGAGCCCACAACCUCAGGCAGCCAUGAACAAGGGCACAUCCUUGGUCCGGCGCGUCUCGGCAAGUGCGUCGCCAAACCAAAGCGGUCGCCAAUCUAUGGGAAACAGCGGUCCAGCAGAGCCUAGAGCCCGUCGUUCGUCGCUUAUCUCUGAAGGGGCUCCAGGAUCGCAGCGUGGUGGUGCUAUGCACAGUACCAACAGGAGAAGCGGCCCUACAGGAUGGGGUCACGGACGGUCAGAGACUGGUCAAAGUCUUGCACCUGUCCAUGAGGGAUCCUCACAUCACUCGCCUCGUGUCGGAAACGGCCCAACGGGCGAGACUGCUAGCUAUGAGGAUGACGCACCACAUGGACCUGUGAACAACAACAGCGGUCGGCCCGCAGUGAACCAAGGCGGCCUCUCGCCUGGAUUGGGAAUCGACAUGGUAUCUCAGGCUCUCAGUGGAGUCACUCAGGGCAGGGAAAAUGACACUGGCGACGGCAUUGUUGUCUCCUUUGCUGUCACGGAUCGCGUGGUUGUUGGUAAAAUUUUUAAUUUGGAGAUUUUUAUUGUCAACCGGUCAAGACAUAUCCGGCGCUACACUCUCGUAGUGCCCAACAGGAAGCGUGCUAAGGGCAGCGACCCAAGUCAAGGGUCCAAGGUCCUGCCCCCUCUGCCUACUGGAGAGCAAGUUUUGCAGAAUGUGCCGAUCGACCCUUAUAUGGAAGAGCCCGAGCUCCUUCGCCGCCAUGUGGACAAUGAGACUACCGAAGCCGAUAUCAUCUGUCUGGAGAACAAUGUUCGCCUGAGUCCGUUAUACCCAUUGACCUGUCAGAACCUGAAUCUGCGGUUCAUUGCCAUCAAGGAACAGUUGCAUACGAUUGACUUAGUGCAGUUGGUUGAUAAUGAUACUGGAUUUGUUACCAACUUGCGGAACUGUCUCUGCUUCAUGGCCGAGGCUUCCUUUGGAGCUCUCUCACAGCAAGUGCCUGAACCCUCCAAACCCAAAAUGAAGACCCUUCACAUCACAGCGGCACUCCUACUCGCCGUCGCUGCCACAAGUAACGCUCAGGCAACAUCCCCCGAACCAGCAUUCGGCCUCCACUUUGGCCUCUCCUACGUCUACGAGAUCGUCACCACCGCAGCCCAAGAGGCCACCAAGAUGAUGACCAAACACAAGAAGUACAACAAGGCCGAGACCAACUAUUUCGCACGAGUCGGUACCAACGGUAUCGGCAGCACCGGAACACCCGUCAAGAGUGAUGGGAGCUCUGGGAUGGAUGGGCCGUUCCCUUUGAUUGAAGUUUUUGAUAGUACGGGAACGGUUUUGACGAGCACGGAGGGGGGGAAGAGGGAGCCGUAUCUGGAUUCAGGGGAGUUUAACAGGACGAGUUCAAAGGUUGUUUUUGCGGGUGGAAAGCAUUAUCGGAUGAAGGUCACUGCGGGGGAUGAUGGUGCUCUGAACCCCAAUGCUGCUUGUAUCUCGUCGAUCGCCGUGAGCCCUGAUGAGCUAUCCGGCAGCCCAACCUACGCCAUCUCCGCGGAAUUGAUCGUCUCUGUCGACAACAGUGUCCCCUGGUACUACUCGGGCCAACAGUCCUACGCUCACAUCCCAUCGAAUGAUUGCCGCCCCGUUCGAAUCCCUGGUGUUUGCUUCUGGCUGUCCCAGUUUGUCAAGAAGGACUACACCCCCGUGUAUUCGAUCGAGCUGGAUAAUAUCCCAGAGUAUGUUGCGCUGUUGGCGGCGCCUGAGGCCAAGUUGCCAGCUCCGGGGAGUGUCAAAAUUACGCGGUCUGCUCGACAAGCUGCAGGAGCAGCGACGGCACCCACCAAGCGCGAUGUGGACGUGAAGCCGGAAGGGUAUAACCAUGCCAACUUUGGUCCCUUGUCUGCCAAGGUCCUUUGCGAGUCCUCCUCGUCGCGUGGACCCAACUACCUGUCGAUAGAGGAGGAACGGUACUGCGAUAUGACGACCCAUACGCUCUUCCCGAAUUGCAAGUCGAUCUCCGACACGGGGUGCUAUCGGAUCGUCAACAACAACGCUGUAAGUGUCGUCCACAAGCCUGCCAAGGUCGGAGACAAGGAUCCUGCUGAGACUGUUGAGCCUCUUCUCUUGACCCUUCGGCUCUUCGAAUUUGGCCCUGAUGCCAUGGUCACAAUUGAGAACACGUUGAAGAAAAGGGCCGAGUGUGUCAAGGGCACAGCCAAGGCGGCGUUGAACGUUGGCGAAACUCUGGUUACGACCGACUUUGUUGCUAGUGAGGAAGGCGGUCGUUACCGUUUGGUGGUUCUUGGAAGCACCGGCGACGUGAUUGCCUAUGACACCGCGUCCGGAUCCUCAGAGCCGUCCAGUAUCGCGGUCUGGAGACUGGGCGCCAAUGGUCCUCGUGAUUCCUCCUACAUUGCUGAAGUCAAUGCGAGCGGUCAGAUCUGCAGUCGAACCCUUGCUGGUGUGGUUCUUAAGUGUGCUGGCCCUGUGUCUCCAUUGGGCCCCACCUACCAAUUGACAGUCUCCAAGAUGGGAGCCGUGUACAUCAAGAACGGUGGGACGGUUGUUUGGACGACCGACCCUCGAGCCACCCCUACCUCCCAUGAAAUCGCCGGCACGGUCCUGACAGAGACCAACAGCUUCAAGUCCCUCGACUCGAUAACCGAAUCCAAGUUGACAUCGACCAACGGCAAGACCACGCUCGAGUUCAAGGACGCCAAACUCUGUCUCUACAACAGUUUCAAGUUCCAAACAUGGUGUCUCCCUCCACCUGCAGGCGACAACCCCGAGGUCAGAUUUACACUCACAACUCGUGGGUCCAUCUGUAUCCUGCGCACGACCGGCGGACCCCUGAGUUCCAGCUGUUCCAGAAACGUGGGCGUCGAGACAUCCUACAUCGCAGUGGUCCACAACGAUGGAUUCCUAAAGAUCUACAACAGUGCCGAGGAACUGGUCUGGCAACGUGGAGGAGUACAGACUCUGUCGGAGACGAACACCCUCCGCGCAGGAGAGUUCAAACCCAUGCUGAAAGAAAUCAAGUCCGCCAAUGGACAGUUUUCGCUCGUAGCAACCGAGACCGGUGGUCUCGUUCUUCGCAAGACCAGUGACGCGACGACGGUGUGGCAGUUAGGCGGUAGGCUAGUGAAGGGGGAGUAUACGAUUGAGCUGGGGAAGGACGGGAACUUGUGUGUGGGGACUGCCUCGGUUCAUUCGCGGGUUAGUUGUAUUACGGAGACGGCCAAGAAGGAGGAUCAGUACGUGUUGGUUGUUGAAGACGAUGGACAUGUUGCAAUCUUGGCGUCUGAUGGGUCUGUUGCUUGGCGAUCGACGUAG